AUGUCAAAACGGAUUUCAUUCAGGGUAUCAGGCACUGUUCAGGGAGUCGGAUUCCGUGACUUUACACGGCGAAAAGCUACCAGUUAUGGAUUGACUGGCUACGUGAAGAAUACUUCCGACGGUAGAGUGACUGGAGAAGCACAAGGAUCGGAAGAUGCUCUGAAAAAGUUGAAGGCCGACCUCAACGACGGACCGCGGUCUGCCCAUGUUGUCAAAGUCGAGAUCAAGGAGAUCGAGCCCAAGAGCGGCGAAAGCUCUUUCGAUGCAUGA